UUGGUAAACUUGAUUUCUAGGCACUAUACACCUUCACAUUUUGGUUCUUCUGAGCAGUCACGCCGUCCCUCUUCUCUCUCACACCGUCCCUAUUUCUCUCAGUCACGCCGUCCCUCUCUCUCUCAGUCACGCCGUCCCUCUCUCUCACUCCGGUCUCUCUCAGUCUCAAUCACCGGCGUUCCUUCACGCUGUCCCUCUCUCUCUACGGUCUAGCUCUCAGUCACACAUCGUAUAAAUACACCGGUGUUCCUCACGUUCCUGACCUUGGCCGUGCCUGUAAGAUAAGUCUAAUUUUUAAGCUCAAUUUCGUUGUUCUGCUUGUAAUUAAUAACUGGGUUUGUUUACUCUGCAUAUUUUAAUGUUAGGUUUAUGCUUGGUUACAUAGAUAAUAGGGUGAUUCAGUUCUGGUAAAGUUUAAUUUUAGUGUAAUUUGUAGUUUAUGCUUGAAUUUCUUCAUUAGGGCCUGUUUGCUGUUUCUUCAAAUAUUCUGGAUCUAUUCAAACAGUCAACAAAACCCAUUACUCCAAUAGAGCAAAAUGUGAAAAAGAUUGCUACUUUUUUUGUAUUUUUCUUUUGGGGUUAAAUUUAUUUACUUUUGUUAGGGUUGCUGAGAAAAUGUACAGAAGUCCUGGAAAGAAAGUUUAGAUCUUUUUGUCUUUUACCUUGCUUCCUUUUUGAUUUUAUUACUUUGAUUAUUGAAUGUUGUAAAUUUAAAGGAUUUUAGACGAUAUUGUAUGGUUUAAAAUAAAUCCUGUGUCUUUUCUUUUUCCUCUCAUACUUGGCACAUUUAUGCAUAGAACUUGUGUCUUUUCUUUUUCCUCUUUUAUUUCUAAUUGAUAUGGCAUAACUUUUUGCAGCAUGACGAUAGAUCCUGGGCCCAUUGAUCAUAGCGUUUUGACGGAACAAGUGAAUCAUCGAUUUGAGUUACUUUGGAACCCUAAAGGCCAGGAUCCUCCUGGCACACUAAAUUGUCGAUGUCGCCAUGAAGAGUUGACACGUCGAGAUCCUAUGGUAGAUGAGCGUGUGAUUGCCAUAGUGAGGUUGCUUGGUUUAGAGCGUCUACACAUGGUCCCAUCCAUAAAGCUUAAUCAUGCAUUGAUCACUGCAUUUGUAGAGCGAAGGCGCCUAGAGACCCAUUCUUUCCACCUUCCACAUGGUGAGAUGACGAUCACACUGCAAGAUGUGGAAGUUAUAAUGGGGAUGCCCAUUGAGGGUGAGGCAAUGGUUGGGUUCACUAAAAAAACUUGGAAAUCUGUUUGUAAUGAAAUGCUUGGAAUUCAAAUUCCAGAUGAAAAUAAAACCGUGCUAGAUGGUCAAAGGAUUCAAAUAAAAGCACUCGUUGACCGAAUUGCACAACUGUUGCCUCCGGAUGCAAAUGAGUUGCAGGUUCAUCAAUAUGCUCGCUAUUAUGUUCAUCUGCAUGUAAUAAUUGUAAUUCUUCCCGUCUACCACCCUCCAAAAUUGUUUGUUGCACAUCUUCACCGCCAAGUUCUAUACGAGGCUCCACACUUAUAUAUAACUCGGCAGUUUUUAACUGAGGUGUCGAGUCUAUCCUAUCAAACAUAAUCCUAACAUGCUUGUCUCAUUUUAUUUCAAUAGGUGUGAAGACAAUGCGGUCACUGAAAACUGCAUGAGGAGAACGAUAUAUAAUUUUAUGUCAUGGGACCGACGGUCCAAA